AUGGGCGGUUAUUCAAGGCGCAAUGAGGGGAAUGACAGUUAUCUCAUAAACCACCAGAUGGCUGUCCCUGGAACUUAUAGCCAUCCAACCAGUCAUGAGUUUAGCACGACGGGGCCUGGGUCGUACCAUUUCUCUCAGCAUUCAUUCAAUCCAUAUGGAUCUCAAUUUGCUCCCUCCUAUGGCCAACAGCCAAGUCUGUCUUCUGGCAUGCAGCAUUUGCAAUACGCAUCGGAUCACACAAUCCCUUCAAUGUCUACCGUGGACGAAAUGAGGAUGCAUCAUUCUCCAUCGCAAUACAUGUCGCAAACACGAUAUAUGCAGUCCACUCGGUAUAUACGAGAAGCGCUUGGUGAAACGGAUAUUGAGGAUCAAGAAUCUCACAACGAGACGCUGUCGGAGCCUGUGUUGCCUCCAUUGGAUGGGUUUCCUGAUGUCAAAGAAUUCGAUAAUUUGAUGAAAAGUUAUGUUAGCGAACUGUCUGUAAAGAAACAAGACAAGGCAUUGAUCCACGCAAAAAGAGCACGAAACAUCAAGAAGGUUUUGAUGGAACCGAAAGACACAGCAACUGAGUCUGCUCAGUUCCGUUUCUGGGUUAAAAAGAUGUUCAAACUCGAAAGUGUAGGAAUUGGCACGGCUAAUUGCCGUAAAAUGAUUUGCCACGAGGGCAAGCCAGUAGCUAUUCGUGAGAAAUUAUUCAAAAUCCUCACCAAGGCACAUCAGCAAUGCCAGCAUGGCGGGCGUGACAAGACAUCUGCUCAAGUUCGACGCAUCUAUUCUUGGUAG